AACGUUUCUGUAUUUAUCAUCUCGCAUAUCAAAUCCGCCGGUUCAGGAACCGUCGUCGUUUAGGGCACGCAGUUUUGGCUAAAAAUAUCAAACCCAGCUAGCCAGUACAUUGUCGGUGCUGGUCCCGGUCUGGUCGUACAUUUUUGGACGGUUUUAUUUUGUUGACGAUUUAAGACGUGUUGCUCUUUUUUCCACGCCCUUUUAAAGUGCAACUCAAGUGAAAGGUGUGUCUGUUGUGCUAUCAACUUUGGAAGCAGAGAUGGCGAAUCCCAGUCAGGAAAUCAAAUACACUAAGCUGUUCAUCAACAACCAGUUUGUGGACUCGAAGAGCGGCAAAACGUUCCCGACCAUCAAUCCGGCAACCGGGCAGAAUAUCGUCGAUGUAUCCGAGGGUGACCAGGCCGACGUUGAUGCAGCGGUUCAGGCUGCGAAGGCUGCCUUCGCUCGGAACUCCAGCUGGCGCCAGAUGGACGCAUCGGCCCGCGGCAAACUGCUGAACAAGCUGGCCGAUCUGAUGGAGCGAGACAUCAACGUCCUUGCCAACCUGGAAUCACUGGACAAUGGAAAAGCCUUCGGCGAUUCCGUAUUCGAUAUGAACUGUGCCAUCGAUACCUUCCGGUACUAUGCCGGCUGGGCCGAUAAGGUUCACGGUAGCACGGUUCCAUCGGAUGGUCCGGUCAUGACCUUUAUCCGUAAGGAACCAAUUGGAGUAGUGGGACAGAUCAUUCCCUGGAACUAUCCGGUGCUGAUGUUGACCUGGAAGUGGGCUCCGGCUCUAGCCGUGGGUUGUACCCUGGUGCUGAAACCUGCUGAGCAGACUCCGCUGAGUGCCCUCUACAUGGCCGCACUGUCCAAGGAAGCAGGCUUCCCGGAUGGUGUCAUCAAUGUGGUCAACGGAUUUGGACCCACGGUUGGAGGAGCCAUCGUGAACCAUCCGGAGAUUCGUAAGGUAGCAUUUACCGGUUCGGUAGAGACGGGCCGGAUCAUCACCGAAGGAUCGUCCAAAUCGAACCUGAAGAAGGUUUCGCUGGAGCUUGGCGGCAAAAGUCCGCUGGUCGUGUUCGACGAUGUUGACUUGGACGAAGCGGUCGAGAUCGCGCAUAAUGCCAUCUUCGCAAACCACGGGCAAAAUUGUUGCGCCGGAAGUCGUACCUUCGUGCAGGAAGGCAUCUACGACAAAUUCGUGGCGAAAGCUACCGAAAUGGCUCGAACCCGGAAGGUUGGAGAUCCGUUUGCCGACGGAACCCAGCAGGGUCCCCAGGUGGAUGAGGAACAGUUCAACCGUAUCUUGGGCUAUAUCGAGUCGGCCAACAAGGAAGGUGCCAAGCUACAAACCGGUGGCAAACGAUCCGGAACCGUUGGUUUCUUCAUUGAACCGACGGUGUUUUCGGACGUGACCGAUGGCAUGAAAAUCGCCCGGGAAGAAAUCUUUGGCCCGGUCCAGAGCAUCUUCAAGUUCAAAACGCUGGACGAGGUUAUCGAACGGGCCAACAACACCGAGUACGGGCUGGCCGCGGGAGUCCUCACCAAGAACAUCGACAACGCCCUGGUAUUUUCAAACGCCGUGGAGGCUGGUUCCGUUUGGGUGAACUGUUACGAUUAUGUCAUGCCAACAACUCCCUUCGGUGGCUACAAGCAGUCCGGAUCUGGCCGGGAAUUGGGUUACAGCGGAAUUGAACUGUACACCGAAACCAAAACCGUUACCAUCAAGCUGCCGAGCAAGGUUUAAAGAAUAAAAUUAAAAAAAAAUAACAAGCACGAGGAAGGGUGCCAAAGGUUAAGUCUGUCAGGAAAAAAGCUUCGAGACUACCGGAUCGGAUAUUUUUGCAUGUUAAUUGCUAUUUCUGGGCUCGGUUUCCCAAAGGUGAAACUGAUAUACGAAAGUGAAUGAAAGAAACAAAAUAACAAAAAUUCGCGACCGGGACCACCGAACCAGAUUUUCUCAGAUCAUUUAAAAUAAAAUUG